GUGGAAGGCAACAUGCACCAGUGAAGUGAUGGCCUUAUCCAAACGUGUUAAAGUGCACAGACUGGAGGAGCCAACCACCCAUCUCCAAAGAGCAAGUGUUGCAGGUGUGCUGUCCAAGGUGAGAGAAAGUCAGCAAUCGUUAAAUGCCAUCACUGCAGACAAAAGCCAUGUCCGUGAGAUCCAGGAGCACAUUCAUGUAGUGAAAAAUGGUAUUGAUAGCUUAACCAAUACCAAGGUUCAACAAGUCAGCUGCCCGAAGGUCCCACCUAUUCCAUCAUGUACUUCAGCUUGGCAUUUCUUAGUAUUCAUUCUCCUCCAGUCUGUAUUCUUUCUCUCUUACUUAAUACACAGGAAUAGAAGAGAAAUCAAUUCCAAGAAAUUUUUCUGAGGGGUUGCUGUGGAAUCAUGAAAAUAGUGAAUAUAGAUUUUUUUGAGUGGCGUUUGUGAAUGAGUUUCUAAAGCAAUUGUGUGCUGCCUUAUACAUGGUGUUUACGUGACUUUCUAAGUAGGGAACACCAAAUGGUCAGUAGCUGUGGCCACUGUCAUCGUAUAUUACUUUCAUAGUGGAAAUUAUUUUUUUGAAAUAGUCUGUAAUUUGAAGGCUGACAUUUACGUGAAAUUACACGAAGAUAUUUUCUAGUCUGUCAUAAUUUUAAUGUAACAAUUGUUUGGAUUUGUAUGAAAUUUACUCAGUGUUUGUAUACUAAAACAGUGUUUGUUUGACCGAGAUAACAAGGUGUAGAGCUGGAUGAACACAGCAGGCCAAGCAGCAUCAGAGGAGCAGGAAGGCUGACGUUUCGGGCCGAGACCCUUCUUCAGAAAAUCUGCUUUGAUUUUUUGUUUGACUGCUCCUUUUUGCGUUAACUGAAGUGAUGAUAUCAACAUAUGUCCUAAUUUAUUUCAAACAAUUCUCUUAAAAAUGGUACAUUGUAACACCUUGUACAAUGAAAUAAAUGUCAUAAGCAAUCCUUA